CAAUGUGGACGUAUUUUUUUGUUAUAGUGCUUACCAUUCAUAUUUACUCUUGUAAACCAAGUUACAGAGAUUACAUUCCGAAUGGAUAUAUUGUUCCAAAUCCUUGUUUUUCACCUAGAGUAUGGGAUGCAGUCGGGCAUUACAACCCUGUACAUCAUACAUUGAUCAAGAAUCAGUUUGGUGUAGAUUAUGGGAGUGAAGCAAGAUGGUCACACAGGCUUUGUCAUAUGGAUUCAGAUCGAGACAAUAAAACAAAACGAGAGGAACUAGGUGAUCCUAAUUGUGAUUGGUUUACAGGAGAAAUUCUUACUGUUACACCUAAAGGACAUCCGGGUAUUUGUGAACCUGUUGGAAGUCCUUGGUGUAUAAGAGAGCAAGGAUUCACAUGUUAUGACUUGGAGAACAGUGCCAAUCUUAAGCCCUAAAAAUGAUUAUUAAAAGAGCAGAUUUGUUUUUCAUGAUAUUAGAUUCAAGAUGUUGAAUGAUAAAUUCAUGAAGUCUAAUUAAUGUGCAACAAAAUGCAUGAACA